AGCAGCAAAGAGCAGCUCCAGCUUCAGCUGAUGUGCGUCCACACACCCACGCACGCACGCACGCACGCACGCCCCAGCAGCCGUGGAGCGAAACGUGGAUGAAACUCAGCCGAGCGAAGAGAGACAACUAGUUACUGACACAUAACUAGACACACACAUUUAACACUGUGGGUCGCUGCAGGAGUGUGUUUUGGGAUUUACUACGUUGAGGUGUUCAGGUGGAUUGUCUGCUGGCAGCUGGACUGGAUUCUUCAGUGUGUGUGUUUCUCAGAAUGUGGACUUGAAUCUCUCUCGUGACUAAGGAUGGCGGUUCAGGCUGGUUUGCAGGCUUGGUUCGGCGAGAAGUUUGAUGUCCCGUUACAGAGUCCUCGCGGCCUGCGCUCUCCCCGGCCCGGCCCAGGUCUGGCUGAUGUGUUCCAGUACGACCAGUGGUUGGCCGUGCGGCACGAAGCCACACUGGUGCCCAUGCAGGAGGAUCUGGCCAUCUGGCUGAGCGGCAUGCUGGGCGAGCAGGUGACAGCCGAACGCUUCAUGGAGGAGCUGGACAACGGUGUCAAACUGUGUCGUCUGGUUGGAAUUCUGCAGAGUAAAAUCCCACAGGACUCGGAAAAACAUCUCCUGUCAAAGAAAAUCCAAUUCAAGAAAAACGCCUCCCCUGGAUCGUUUUUCGCCCGGGACAACACAGCGAAUUUUCUGUCCUGGUGUCGUCAUGUAGGAGUGGACGAGACGUAUCUGUUUGAGUCUGAGGGUUUGGUCCUGCAUAAAGAGCCGCGGCAGGUGUGUCUCUGCCUGCUGGAGAUCGGACGGAUCGUCUCCAGGUAUGGGAUAGAGCCUCCGGUUUUGGUUCAACUGGAAAAGGAAAUUGAACUAGAGGAAAGUCUUAUGAUGACUGAUCACUCAUCUCCAGUGAAAACAUUCACUGUGUGCUGUCAGCACGGAGCCCUGUAUCACGCUGACCGUGUCGACCAGGACGACCCUCCCUGUAACUGCACACAGAAGUUUUCCAUUGAGUAUCUGUCUGAGGGACGCUACAGGCUCGGAGACAAGAUCCUGUUCAUCAGGAUGCUCCAUGGGAAGCAUGUGAUGGUGCGUGUCGGUGGAGGUUGGGACACUCUAAAAGGAUUCCUGCUGAAAUAUGACCCCGGCCGCGUGCUGCAGUUCACCACUCUAGAGCAGAAGAUUCUAGCCUAUCAGAAAGGCCCGUCCGGCUCAGGCCCCACCCACAGUGUGCAGACCACGCAACCGCCCACAAUGGACCCUCUUGCGGCCGUUAACCUCCUCCCAGAAUCGUCCCCUUCAUCGUCAUCCUCCACAACAUCCGUGUCCAAACCCAACACGCCCACACCCCGCAGCGUCGCCCAGUCACCUGCUUCCACGCCCUCGAUGCCUCGUAAAGCCGCUGCACCCAAGAAGAUUUUUCAUACACCCACUGCUUCACCGAAAACCACCCCUCUUUCAUCGCCUGCCCCGAAAAGAAGCCCGCUACCCCAGUCUGGGGUUUCCCAAAAAGCCCCUUCUGCUGCCUCCAAGACCAAACUGCGCCCACGUGGACCUCCGUCUCAGCCUCGCAGUCCCGUCUGUCCCGAACCCACCUGCAAGCUGCCUAAACCUUCGGGUCCACCAACAUCUGCGCAAAAACCUGGACAGCGUGAUGCUCGCCCGCCCCCUGCCCCCGUCCGCUCGCGGCUCGCCCAGAGACACCCUCCAUCCCCUGCCUCCACCAUGCACUUAGAUUCCAGGAAGGGUCGUCCCGUUUCCCCUCGCUUGGCACCGAACGACCCCAAACAGACGAUUCCUCUCACAAAACCUCCUGUGACCUGCAAGAGUAAAUCUGCAGAGCAGAACACAGCUGGCACUACGCGAACUGUCGCGUCCAUCAACGUUAAAACAACCCACAGGAAACCUCUGGUCAGCAGUAACCCUCCUGUCCAGAUGCCUGCUGUAGGCACCACUACUAAACCAGCACCUACCAGCACUACCCACAAACAGACAGCACGGACUAAACCCAGUAAACGUGAUGAACCCUACUUUGAGAUGAACAAUAAGAGAAGGGUAAAGAACUAAGAUGCUGGGAUAUGUCGUUUCGACUGUGGUGCAGAGCGUCACGGUUCACAUACAGAUUUAUUCAGAUGCUAUAUUUAAUUUUAUUUAAGUGAAAACGAGGCUGUGAUGUGAGCAGUCUAUUUGCAUCAUAGUAGUUUAAAUUUUUUAAAAAUAUGUUUUCGAAACAUUGAAAAUAUGUUUUUGAGAAUUAAAAAUACAUUUCUAGUGGGCAAGCUAUGAAAAUUAGAUUUUGAAUUUAGUACAACCUUUUAAACAUACUGCACAUCUGCCUUUAACAGCCUCAUUUUCAUUUACAAUAAAUUAAAUAUGACGAUUUGUUUGUUUGCUUUGCAUCUGUCAGAACUUCCCUCUUAGGCUUUCAUUGGUGCUGGGUUAUGUAGUUGCAACUACGGAGUUGAGGGUUACGCUUCAUACGGAUUUAAUUGGAUGCUAUAUUUAAUUUUAUUUAAAUAAAAACUAGGCUGAGGCAUAUGCAGUCCAUUUAAUUGGUUGUGUGUUGAAAAUAUGUUUUUGAACAAUGAAAAUGCUUUCAAGUGGCCAAGCUAUGAAAAGUUUUAAUUCAAUACAACCUAUUAAAUAUACUGUGCAUCUGUCUUUAACAGCCUAAUUUUCAUUUACAUUAAAUUAAAUAUGCAUGUCAAAACAUACAUUUUUCACUUGUGCCAUACUAAAAAUCAUCAGAAUAUGCCUCGGAUAUAUUUUACACAAAUUAACACUUUUUUUUUUUUUUUUUUUUUUAAAUCUCUUCUUUAGCUACUGUAAUUAUGAUUAUUUUAGCUAAGAUGUUAGAAAGCAUUUGUAGGUUUAGUGUGUUUAAACUUCUGCACGGUUAUGCACAAACUCAUAUCAUUGUCAUCACUUUUUUUUAACGUCAGUCCAUGUCUGUUACGUGAUCUGAUUCGACUCCUGAUUGGGUUAUAAAUGGAUUAACAUCACUUAUUAAUUCUACAAAUCAUUUAUUUACUGUAUGUCAGUCUUCUGAACUCAAACAAAAACCAGCAGAAUGUUGUAAAGGUAAUCCAGUGAGUGUGUGUUUAGACUAAUGUCUGUCUUCAUGUAUGAUGUAGGAGCAGAUGCGCUGUGGGGCAUUCAGAUCAUGUAAUAUUGUCAAACGUGCUCUUCUGUUUCCAGUUCAAAUUUACAUUGAGAGCACUGUUAAUUGUAUUACGUAAGAGACAUGUGUAGAUGAAAUCCACUCUUGUUGUUUCAGCUCGUAUAAUAUGCAGACAGCCCAUAAUAUGCAGAAACACUUCUCUACGGCAACCAAAGUGAACUUUUGUUUGAAUCUCAAGUGGCAUCAUUUUAGAGCACAUUUUAAAAAACAAUUUUAGCGUAUUUAGGGGUGAUGUGCCUUAAAUUUGUGUUUGUUGGAAUAUAUGUGUGGUUUAUUAUCAGACACCCUUGAAGAACUGUAUUUAGUCAGUACGGUUCGUUUUGGCAGGUACUGCGGUUUAAUUUGUAUGCUUUAGGUUGGUCAAACAGCCAGCCGUUAUUAAAUGAAAUGCUACCUCCUUUACGCCACACAAAUACUACUGACUCGGUCAUGCCCAUAAACACCUGAGCUUUUAUUUUAUUACACUGUCCAGAACAAUGAUAAAUAUUUUUCAGUUUAUUCCAGAGUUGUGGUCUAUACAGAAAGGUUAUUAUAAAAUAUAAAUUUUAAGUGUAUGGAUAAUUGUUGUUCUUUUUUUUUUUUUUUUUUUUUUUUUUUUUCUCAGAUAUGGUUCUUUUAAUUAUGUUUGUGUGUCAGGUUGUGAGAGACAUUCUUCCAGCACUUUAAGAAAAUGUUUAUUUUGAAUGUAGCUUAUUUUCUUUGUUUCGUUUGUUUGUGUCUUUGCAUUCUGUCAAAUAAAGAUCUAUACAGUG